AUGCCAAACAAUAAUGUUGCAGCACCUGGAAAAAAGAAGGUAGUUGGUACAAAGUCACAAAAAGCUACCAAUAAGAGAAAGGAUGAGGACGACGACAGUGGUGAUUAUGGCUGGGAAGAAAGGGCUCAUGGCAAACUCACCAAACCCGCAGAUCAACUGGUGCUUACUGAUGCUGAGCUGAAAGAGGAAGUCACCAGGAUUCUGACAGCAAAAAAUCCACACGCCCCACAUAAUAUUGUCCGAUACAGCUUCAAGGAAGGCGCUUUCAAGCUGACCAAUGUUGUUGAUCAGCUAGCUGUCCACUUUGUCCUGGAUGAUUCUCUCAUUCAUCAGGACUCUGAUGAGGCUCGCAGGCUGGCAGCCAGUGAAGACCUCCCAGAAGAGACAGCAACAGUUGAUACUGGAGCAGAACUGGAUGAGGACACACGAGAAACAUUGGAUGCAUCUGGUGGCGGAGGUGAGGAGGAGGAGGAUGCUAACGAAGACGAUAGACCAGACAGUUUUGCCUCCAAAGCAAACAAUCAGGAUCCAAAAUGUACAAACCAGUUCAACUUCAUUGAAAGAGCCUCACAAACACUCAAUAAUGCACUGCGGGAAAGAAGUUGCCAGACUGUACCUCCUCCACGCUGCAACUAUUCUGCCACCGCGAGUCAGUGGGAAAUAUAUGAUGCAUACACGGAGGAGCUGCAGAAACAAGAAAUGAAAAAAGAGAAACAGAGAGGCUUCCAAACCAAGAAGGAUAAUGACAAAAGCAAAACGAAGACACUGAAUGAGACUCCGAGUGAUGACAUCACCCAAAUGGCCACGGCAGUCACACUCUUGGAAAGAAUGGUCAAUCAGAAUAUAUGUAAUGACAUAGCACAAGAUUUCAAAUACUUUGAGGAUGCAGCAGAUGAAUUUAGGGAUCAGGAGGGCACUCUACUUCCCUUGUGGAAGUUCCAGUAUUACAAAGCCAAAAUGAUGUGUGUCACUGCAAUCUGCUGGAAUGAGAAAUAUCCUGAUCUUUUUGGUGUGGGUUUGGGAUCUUAUGACUUCAGCAAACAAGGCCAAGGGAUGCUUCUCUUCUACACGUUGAAGAACUCUACCUUCCCUGAGUACAUCUUUCCUACAAGUUAUGGCGUCCUGAGCCUCGACAUUCAUAAACAACAUUCCUACCUGGUUGCUGUCGGUUUCUAUGAUGGCUGCGUGUGCGUGUACAACUUGAAGAAGAAGGGACUGGACCCUGAAUACAAGAGCAAUGCUAAAACUGGCAAGCACACUGACCCUGUCUGGCAGGUACGAUGGCAGAAUGAUGACAUGGACAACAACCACAAUUUCUAUUCUGUGUCCUCUGAUGGUCGUGUUGUGUCUUGGACACUCAUUAAGAAUGAGCUAUUCUUCUCGGAUGCUCUCAGGCUCGUACGGGAUGAUUCUGUGUUGGAUGGCCCACAGGGUAUUCAGGAGUGCCGCACUGUUGGAGGAACAUCCUUUGACUUCCACAAAAAGACUGACUCUCUCUUCGUUGUUGGCACUGAAGUGGGGAAAAUACACAAGUGCUCCAAGAAUUACUCAAGCCAGUUCCUGGAGACAUACGCUGCCCACAAUAUGGCAGUGGAUGCAGUAAAGUGGAAUUCUUACCACCCAAAGGUUUUCAUCUCAUGCAGCUCAGACUGGACCGUCAAGAUCUGGGACCAUACUGUCAACACUCCCAUGUUCACAUUUGAGCUCAAUGCUCCAGUUGGUGAUGUGGCCUGGGCACCGUAUUCCUCCACUGUCUUUGCUGCUGUCACCACAGAAGGAUUGGUACAUGUUUUUGACCUGAGCAUCAACAAAUAUCAGGCUAUCUGCCAGCAGCCAGUGGUGGCAAAAAAUAAGGCCAAACUGACUCAUAUUGAAUUUAAUCCUGUCCAUCCCAUCAUCAUCGUGGGAGAUGACAGAGGCUCUGUUAUCAGCCUGAAACUGUCCCCUAACCUCCGCAAGAAACCGAAGGGCAAGAAGGGUCAAGAGCUGCCCGAAGGUCCUGCCGUGGAAAUAGCCAAGAUGGAGAAGCUUCUCAGUCUACAGUGCGAUUCAGAGCAAAGCAGUGUAACGUAGCCAUCAUGGUUUCCUCAUAGAGUUUCCAUCAUGUUCAUUCAGUGAGUGUAUCAAAACAGGAAUAAUGACCACUUCUGCCUUGGAUGUUAAUUUGUUUUGCAAGCAAUUGUUUGCAUGUCUCUCUGUAAAUUUUAAUGAAGCAAUGAAGCUGGAAAGUGAAGUAUGAAGAAGAGGGUUAGGUUUUUGUAGUAUGCCAGCUUCUCACAUUUUGAAUCAUUUCGAGAAAUUUAUUUAACCAUUGAUUGAAUUGCUGUUUAUUGGUUGGUUUGUUAUAAAUAUGCUAUUAUUCUUUUUACUGCAUGUACCGUAUAUAAUCAAAUUCUCAUAAACUGCAUGGAAGGGUGACACGUGUGCCAAGGAAUAACCUGUUCUGUUUUGCUACAUGACCAUAUAAAAAUGUGGGUAUGGAACUUAUUUUGCAAUUCAGUCACAAUGGAACUGUUCCCCCACCCCAAUGUAAUUGAUAGAGUCCUGUCCAUCUAUUCAUAAUAUCAACCCAAUUCUCCAUGAACAUGGAAGUAGCCUCCCAACU